UAUCGGUCCAAAGAAGGUUUGUUUUUGUGGCCAGUGGCAAGAGAAAAAUCAGUUUCACCUGCAAAAUGAUAGAACAACAAAAGCAACGGAUAGAGAUGGAAAUCACGAGGCAGUUGGAUGAUCUGGAUCGAACGGUGUUGAGGAAAAUGCAAGCCGAUAUGCACGACUGUGCUGCAAAAUGCUGCAAGGACAUGAAUUCGUCCAUGGACACGGUACAGCAGUGCGUCGAACGAUGCUCGGUCCCGGCCCAGCGAGCGCAGCAGCACGUAGAAUCGGAGAUCAAUUCGUUCAACAGCCGGCUGCAACGGUGUGUGAUGGAUUGUAACGAUACGAUUAAGGAUAGGAUGGGACCAAGUCCUUCGGAAGGUGAUAUCGCCAAGUAUACGGCCGAAUUCGAGCGAUGCGCCAUAAAGUGUGUGGAUAAACAUGUGGGAAUUUUGCCAAAUAUGUUCGAGAGCAUGCGAAAAGUGCUACAACGCCGAUCGUCGUAAGUCGUGGUUUGCCGAGGAUCGCAAGUUAGCUGUACAUUGUCCCCACCGUUGCGCGGGAUCGGUGUGUCUCCCUGUGUAUAGCUUUAUGCAUUUAGUUUCAUCUGUUCAGAAACCAUGGUAGAUGUGCACUAGCGCAUCAGCACGCUGCAAUAAAUGAAAAACGAUUCUUCUUGUGUUUGGA